UGUUGGUCGGGCCCGCGGAAAUGGGCGAGCAUAAUCUUCUUAAUCCUGGUUUUGUGGGACCGUUGGUAAACAUCCACACUGGAGACACCUUCUACUUUCCAAAUUUUAGAGCAUCCGGGGGACAGCUGGCGGGGCUACCCUCUCUCUCCUAUCCGAGAAGGGACAAUGUGUGCGCUCUCCCGUGGAACCCAUCGGAGUCGUGCAAUGGAUACCCUCAGUCCUACUUUGGUAGCCCCGUGUCCAUUAACCCUUCCUUCAACCGAUCAUGUGAAAUCACCCGGCCAGAUGAAGGAAAAUGCUAUUAUAACAACGGUAGUGGGAACAGGGAAAGUUGUUCCGAGGGCGCUGGUUUGAAAAGAGAGGAUAGGUCAAGGGACAGUUCCUUAUUAGCGUCUGAGCACGGACUGCACAAUGGCAUGAGCAACAGUGGUGCUUUUUCUAAAUAUGAUUAUGGGACUGAGCAGCUAACCCAAGACCCACCGUCCUGUCAAUCCCUUGAAUCCGAUUCAAGCUCGUCGUUGCUCACUGAAGGAGGAAAGACCUCUGGCAGCGACCCACAGAUGCUGACUUCGCCGGUAGAUCAUGCGAACAGUGUGGCAGCGGGCGGAGGUACUCCGUGGUAUCCGAUGCACACCCGGACCCGCAAGAAACGUAAACCUUACUCCAAACUGCAGCUGGCUGAGCUAGAGGGCGAGUUCAUGCUAAACGAGUUCAUCACGAGGCAACGGCGCAGGGAGCUGUCCGACCGGCUGAACCUCAGUGACCAACAAGUUAAAAUCUGGUUUCAGAACCGGAGGAUGAAAAAGAAAAGACUGUUACUGAGAGAGCAAGCUCUGUCAUUCUUUUAGAAUACACUUUACUCAGCAUUUAAUCACAUAUCGGUACACCAAUCCAUUUUUGAUUUACGACACUUAGUAUUCUGUUUGGUUUCUUUAUUGGAAAGCUUACACUUUUCAUGGAUAUAUCAGUGUCAGUUUUGCUAUGAUUUUUUGUUACUAUGGUAUUACGAAAACAAUACGUUUGCGACUAGCGGCACAGGCGAAUGCUCUGACACAAUCUGAGUUAAAAUGCGAGAGUACAAAAUGCUUCCACAUUUCCAUAAUCAUGAAUUAGAUUAUUGCUAGUUCUAUUGUGAAUACAGUCAUGAUUCGCCGUAAGAAUGGCGUUUCCCAUUUAUUUAUAUCCAUAAAAGCCAUCACUCUUGAUAUUUCUGAAAAAUGCUGUGUAAACGCAAAUGAAGCAACUUCGGAAAAAAUGGGAUUAAUGACGGGAGAAGUAUACAUAAAAUAAGUAACGAGGGAAGAAAAUACUUUCUUUUUAUCAGUCGGUACGAAGGAAGAUCAUUUGCAGUGAUUUUCAAUUCCAACACAAAAGUUGGAGCAGAGAGACACAGAGAAGUACAAUAAAACGCUUGUAUCCACGCCACAAUUACCACCACGUGCUAUGGGGAUGUUCACGGUCAAGGACAGGAUGAGUGUGCUCCAGCUCUCUGACUCACUAAUUCAGCAAGACUCAGAACCCCAAACCCGACAUUUUAUUGGCCUGUAUGUUACAUAAACAAGCUUCUGUAAACUUUUGAAAACAGGCAAUGUAGGUAAGAUAUGCUUGAACGCCCUCGAAGUUUUCAAUUGAGAUUUAGAUGUUGGGUGAAGGAGCAGAAUGGUGUCCAAAUUCAGUAUUCAAGUUCAGUAUUAACUCUGAGUCAAAGUCCCUCCGUAAAUUGCAAUGGAUUGUUGCAGUUGUAAGAAAAUCCUUUUCUCGUUCAUCUGUCUGCUGCCCACACGUGUAAUUUUGCCCUACUUUAAUUACCUCAAAAUAUAAAAUAACCUGUUGUAUAAUACGCGUCAAUCCAACGUUUGUGGCGUGAAACAGAAACCUGAAUUGGGUAAAAUAAAAAAUAAAUAUGUGCUAGCCUCCAAUGAAACGUAACUGAUAACUGCAUUUAAUAAUUGCUAAAUAUUCAAUUAUGCGAAAAGGUAUAAGUCACUCUGACACCAGGGUGGUUCUUAACUAAUCGCAUCGCUUUUAAUAUAACGCAUGCAAAGCCUAAUAUUCUACGAGUUUUAUGAUAAAUCCAAAAUAUUUGUUAGUAUCAAUUGCAUCUUAUAUAGUGUUAAAUAUACAGACGUUUUUAACAAAAACUUGUCGGUUAUUUUAAUGAACUGUGUUCUCCAUUUACACUCUUUCUGAUUAACUAUUCCGUAAAUGUGAUUGCAUUAAAACGUAUAUCGUCUGUUCUGAAUUUCUACAUAAAUUUUUUUUCAUGGUAUGUUCUACGUGACAAGUCGAUAGCGUAAUUUCUGGUCUGUUAUUUUUUUUCUCCAGCAUAUAUAUAUAUAUAUAUAUAUAUAUAUAUAUGUGUGUGUGUGUGUGUGUGUGUGUGUGUGGUGUGUGUGUGUGUGUGUGUGUGUCUCCAAGAAUCCUUAUAGCGAUGUAUCUUGUGUAUUCUGUUGUAAAGGUAUGGACAAUUAUAAACACACACCCAUGCACAUAUUCAUUAAUGUAUAUAUCUUGUUGACCACCUUAUAAAUAAACUCUUCAACGUCAAUUUAA